AUGGCGCCUCGUUACUCAAGCGUUGCCAUUAUUGGUGCUGGGCCUUCGGGCAUUUCGGCCGUGAAAGCCCUCAGUGAAGAGAAGGCCUUUGACAGGAUUCAACUCUUUGAUAGGAGAGAGAAUAUUGGCGGGACAUGGAUAUAUGAUGCGGUACCAGAGCCAUUCUCGCCAAACUCUAGUCAGCCUAUUCGAGAUAUUCCAGCAAGACUGCCACAGUCGCUACCAGCAGCUCCAGAGAAUGUGACUGCUCGGACAGGCAUCUACCCCUCGCUGGACAGCAAUGUCGGUUCACCGGUCAUGGCUUUUACCUACAAGCCCUUCCCGUCCAUCCACUCAGCUACCUCAAUCACCCGCUUCGGAAAGAGCAAUCCCACUCAUCCGUGGGAGAAAAUCACCGGCUACCUUGAGGAGAUUGCUGAGCCGUUCUCACAUCUGAUCACCCUCAACACUCAUAUUGAGCGGGUGGAGAAGGUCGGCAAGAAAUGGCGACUCACUCUCCGACGGACGCAGCAUUAUUUCAAGCAUGAGAAGAGAGAUUACUGGUGGCAAGAUGACUUUGACGCCGUAAUCGUGGCAACAGGACACUACGGUGUGCCUUUCGUUCCUAAUAUCGCGGGGUUGAAGGAGACGUUUGCCGCUUUGCCUGAGAGGUUUGAGCACUCCAAGGCGUACAGGUCUCCCGAAGACUACGUUAACAAGGCAAUGGUGGUCGUCGGCGGCAACGUCUCGGCCUCAGACACCGUCUCUGAAAUCCACAACAUCGUCUCCGGCCCUCUCUACGUUGCCCAGCGCGGCUACAACGAGAUCCUGAAAGACGCGUGGGAACUCCCCAACGUCGUCCUCAAACCCGAGAUCACGCGAGUCUCCGUCGGCCCAGACAACUUGGUCAAACUCACCUUCAAAGACGGCACGGAAGUCGACGGCGUCGAGACGGUGCACUUCGGCACCGGAUACCGGCUCUCCUACCCGUUUCUCCGCCCGGACCCGGUCACCCCCAGCGGCCGCCUCGCCGGUUUCUACCAGCACGUCUUCAACAUCGCGGACCCCUCGCUGGCGGUCGUCGGACAGGUCAAGGCCGCCAUCUCGUUCCGUGUGUACGAAUACCAGGCCGUCGCGGUGGCGCGGUACUUUGCGAACCGGGGUGGGGGUCUGCCUUCGCCGAGGGAGCAGGACGAGUGGGAGGUGAAGCGGUUGCAGUACAAGGGGCCGACUUCGCAGUUUCAUGAGAUCAAGCCGGACUUUAAGGAGUAUUUCGACUUUUUGAAGGAUGUUGCAGGACCUCCCGCGGAGGGGACUGAUGGGUAUGAGUUGCCGGCGUGGGAGGAUGAGUGGGCGGUGUUGGGUUUCGGGGUGUUGGCGUUGAAGCAGAAGUGGUGGAAAGAGUUGAAAGAGCGGGAGCAGAAGACGAGUCAGAUCCAGGCCAAGCUAUAA